GCUGAAAAGGAAGAGACAUGUAUGUAUGGUCAGGCAUCAAGAAACUGAAUUUCUUGUCCUUUUUAUACAUUGACUAUAGAGGUACCUACCAAAACAUCCAAAGCUGGAAUGAACAGAAACUCAAAUGAUCAUUCACUUGUGUAUGCCCAUUCCAGCACAGCCUGUAAACACUUCUUCAAUUCAUUGGCUAAGAAACCGACAAUUUUAAGAUAACUAAUAAUUCCAAGCUCCAACCAUCCCAUGUGGGUUCCUCCUCUUCCUCAUUUUGCUCUUUUUCUCUGUGUUUUUUUCUUUUUUUUGGUUGUGACCGAGUUAAAGCUACUUCACUGAGAAACAUCUAGAUUCUUCACCAGUGCAUUCUGUGAAUCUGGUUUCUCCAACAUGUGGGAAUCAGAAAGUGAAUCAGCGGCAGCACAGAAAUAUGGGGGUGGAAUUCUCACUUCAACCAAGCAUGGUGUCAAGACAGAAGGAUUUGUGCAAAGGGGACACUCUUGGUAUGUUGCAACCGAUGUUCCAAGUGACUUUCUUGUUCAAAUUGGAGAAACUAGCUUCCACUUACACAAGUAUCCUUUGGUAUCUCGAAGUGGAAAGCUGAACAGAAUCAUAUAUGAAUCAAGCAUCCCAGAUUUGAAUAAGAUAGUUAUGGAUGAUAUCCCUGGUGGACCUGAGGCUUUUGAAAUUGCAGCAAAGUUCUGCUAUGGAGUUGCUGUUGAUUUAACAGCAGGCAACAUCUCCGGCCUUAGAUGCGCUGCAGAGUAUCUAGAAAUGACAGAGGACCUGGAGGAAGGGAAUCUCAUAUUCAAGACAGAAGCAUUCCUUAGCUAUGUUGUUUUGUCUUCAUGGAGAGACUCCAUUGUAGUGUUGAAAAGCUGUGAGAAGCUCUCACCAUGGGCGGAGAACCUUCAAAUUGUUCGCCGAUGCAGCGAGUCCAUAGCUUGGAAGGCUUGUGCUAAUCCAAAAGGGAUAAGGUGGUCCUAUACCGGAAGAUCCGUAAAACAUCCCAGUCCAAAAUGGAAUGAUUUGAAAGACUCAAGCCCAAGUAGGAAUCAGCAGGUUCCUCCUGAUUGGUGGUUUGAAGAUGCCUCUAUUCUCAGGAUUGAUCACUUUGUUAGAGUUAUUACUGCCAUUAAGGUAAAGGGCAUGAGAUUUGAAUUGAUUGGUGCUGCAAUAAUGCAUUACGCAACUAAAUGGCUACCAGGAUUGAUUAGCGACACGACAAUCCCUGGCGACGAAGCGAGCAACUUCAGUAUCAGUAAUAGUAGUAGUAGUAGUAGCACCAGCUGGAAAGGUGGACUUCAUAUGAUUGUGUCUGGACCCGGAACUAGAGAUGACACCGCUUCAAGUCUUCAAGCUAAAGAUCAAAGGAUGAUUAUUGAGAGCCUCAUCAGCAUUAUUCCACCACAGAAGGACAGUGUCUCAUGCAGCUUCCUUCUUAGGCUCCUGAGAAUGGCAAUCAUGUUAAAGGUUGCACCAGCACUAGUUACUGAAUUAGAGAAAAGAGUGGGAAUGCAAUUUGAGCAGGCUACACUGACUGAUCUUCUAAUUCCUUCUUAUGAUAAAGGAGAGACUGUGUAUGAUGUGGAUCUUAUUCAGAGGCUAUUGGAGCAUUUUCUUGUACAAGAACUGACUGAAAGUUCUAGUCCAGGCAGAAAGUCCUUUUCUGAAAAAAUUGUUGGAUGUAACCUUAAUGCCAAGGCAAGAGUGGCUAGGCUUGUUGACAGUUAUCUCACUGAGGUGUCCAGGGAUAGAAACCUUUCCCUCACAAAGUUUCAAGUACUGGCAGAAGCUUUGCCAGAGUCAGCUAGGACCUGUGAUGAUGGACUCUACAGAGCAAUUGAUUCCUAUCUUAAGGCACAUCCAACACUUUCUGAGCAUGAAAGGAAGCGACUCUGCCGUGUAAUGGAUUGCCAGAAACUCUCCAUUGAUGCCUGCAUGCAUGCCGCCCAAAACGAAAGGCUUCCAUUAAGAGUGGUUAUACAAGUUCUAUUCGCUGAGCAGAUUAAGAUAAGCAAUGCACUAGCCACAAGUUCUCUGAAAGAUGUUGAUUCUCUUACUCAGCCAAUGGCUUCAAACAGGAAAACAAUUCUUGAAGGGACACCACAAUCAUUUCAAGAAGGCUGGUCAGCUUCUAAAAAAGAUAUCAAUUCACUGAAGUUUGAGCUGGAGAGUAUGAAAGCUAAGUACUUGGAGCUUCAGAGUGAAAUGGAAAGUUUGCAGAAACAAUUUGAUAAGAUGCUAAAGCAGAAGCAUACUUCAGCAUGGAGCAGUGGGUGGAAGAAACUGAGCAAACUUACAAAGAUGACAAAUGUGCAAAAUCAUGAUUAUUCACCUCAGGUUCCAGCUAUAGCAGAACAGAACAGAAGGCCUACUAGAAGGUGGAGAAACUCCAUAUCCUGAUUCCUGGAAGAAGAGAAAUUCUCAUUUUCUUUGAAACUUAUUCUUCUAUGUCCCCAGUUUUUUCUAUCUAGUUUGGUCAUAUUUCUCUUUUCUUCUUUUGAGCAGCAGAUGGUGCUUCUGUUCUCUCAGAUAACAGUUUAUGUAUUGUAGCAAACUAGCAAUGGUACAAGAUUCUAGUUGUAGCUAAAUUGGAAUUUGUCACCAAAGUCAUAUAUUUAGAGAUGAAUUCUACUGUCA